AUUACAAAGAUUUCGUGAGAUCAGAAAUGAACUGUUUUGAGUCAUAUAUACUUUUAGAAUAUUUCAAGGAUGAAAAGGUUCUUAAAGGAUUUUUGUUUUUUCAGAAAGAUCAGCAUAAUCUUUUUGAAUGUGAACAGUCAAUUUUUUUUUGAAGUGGAGUAAGUUAGCAAAAUACAGUGGGGAUAAGAAGAAAUUUGUUAGUCACAAAUGCUGCUUAUCUCUGAAGACCACAGAAGGACAUGGAAUUACUACAGUACAGUGGAAUAUGGGAGUUGGAGAACCAAAGUUCAAAUUCUCUUUGUGACAUUUUCUGCUUGAGUGACUGUAGGCCAGUAAUUUAACUUUUCUAUACUGAUGAAAUGAUCCCCAAGAUUCCCUUCCCACUUUAUGUGACUUUUUGUGCAUCAGAAGCAAGACUUUGGAAAAUUCUAUAGAUCCUUCUCCCUCUCUCCAUGUGGAUAGAACUUAUUUCUCUGAAGAUAGAGCUAAGGAAAAUUUCAGUGAGAGAACAUCAGACACGAUGACCAUGGAGAGUACAAUGCAGAUACCAGCUCUUGGCCGUCCCCUGUAUCUGGGAACACUCUAUGACUGCCGCACAGAUACAUUUAUACCGGGCAUCACUUUGUGGGACAGGGAGACCCUCAAGAGAAAUGUGACCACAGAAGAUCAAUACAAGACUAACUUUGAGAUAAUCACCUCUGACUCUAUGGAUGAAAAGACCAAUGCCAUGAACAUCACCGGAGAGCUGAAAUUAAGUGUCCUUGGGGGCCUGGUUGAAGUAGGAGGCUCUGCCAAAUAUUUAUGUGACAGCAAGACAUCCCAACAGCAAGCCCGGGUCACUCUCAAGUAUAGUAUGACUACACAGUAUUUUCACCUAACAAUGAACCACCUGGGACAUGAGAAUAUUUCUUACCAUGAUGUGUUUGAUAAUGGAACUGCCACCCACGUGGUCACUGCAGUGCUCUAUGGGGCCCAGGCUUUCUUUGUGUUUGAUCAGAAAGUUUCCAUCAAUGAAAAUGUCAGGGAUAUAGAAGGAACAUUGAAGGCUAGUGUAGAAAAGAUUCCUCAAGUAUCGGGAAAAAUAGAAGGAGUGAUGAAAAUGGAAGGCAAUCAAACAAAAUCAACUAAAGAAUUCAGGUGUAAAUUUUAUGGGGAUUUUAUUCUUGAGACCAAUCCAGUGACUUAUGAAGAUGCAGUACAAGUCUAUGCCUCCCUUCCUAAGCUGCUUAAGGGCCGUGGGGUGCCCCUCCAAGUCUGGUUGUACCCUCUGGAGAAGCUGAGCUCCAAGGCUGCCAGGCUGGUUCGAGGGAUCAGCAUGAGCUUGACAUGGGAAGCCCAGGACACUCUAGAGAAGUUACGUGAGUGUGACAAGAAGUGCAAUGACAUGCUGGAGGCACCAGAUCUCUCAGUCUUUUCUGCAACCAAGGAAAAGAUCAGGCUAUUCCAGGAAUUAAAUAGGCAGCACAAACAGUUUUUACAAAAAGAAAUAGUAAAGAAUUUACCCCUGAUCCGGGCGGGCAGAGCAGAGGAAGAUGGGCUAACCUGUAUUUUAGCUAGGGAAAGCCAGUCCCCAUUCAGCACCAGGAGACUCUCAGAAUUCCUAGAUCAGAAGCUUAAUGAGAUGAAGGUGGUAAAGUCCUACCUCAACCGUCUGAAGGAGGUACAAGUCAUAGCUGACUGGAAAGAAUUGGACAAUGUUGUAUUAGAUUCUCCCCACAGAUUUGUCCUGGUGUUUGCAUUUACCUCUUUGAAGGAAGAACCCUACUUAGCAGACUGGAAACAGUGGCUUCGGGAUCCAGCAUUAUUCAUUCCUGACUGUGAGCAAAAGAUUUAUUACUCUUGGGUCAAAGACACAGAGACUAGGAGAAAAGCCAUACAAUUGGCAGAAUCGUUUUCAGCAUUUGCCAGGGCCAAUCAUUUCAAUGAGAAGACUCAGUUCAUUGUGGCAUCUGUCCCAGACCAGGAGAAGCAGGGGGUCUCCAUUUAUCUCUAUGAAAAGGGACUGCUGGUCAGCUCCAACUUUGAGCUCCCAGUCAAACCUCCUCCUCCCCAGAUUGCUGAGAUCACAUAUAACUGUGUUGAGCUCACAUUGACCCCAGAAUGUGGGAGGGAGGAGAAGAUCACUGGCUAUCAGAUAGAGUACCAAGUCAUAGGGGAAGAGAACUGGACUUCCAUCCCUAUAUCUGGAAAGCCAGAGGUCUUCAAAGUGAGUGGCCUUGAACCUAGCACAGAGUAUCUGUUCAGAUUUGCUGAGAUUAGUGAGCUGGGGCUCAGUGAGAGCAGUGAUGUGAGCAUUACUGUCAGGACACAUCCCCUAACCUGCCCUCUUGGGAAGCCAAAAGCUGUUGUGGUGGGACCUCAAUCUGUUACCCUUCACUGGAAGCGUCCAAGAAUUGUUGGAACAAGACUCAAGAUCAAAGAAUAUAGAAUAGAGUAUAGAGAGGAGAAUGAAGCUGUGAGUGAGCAAGGGGAAGGAGAAUGGAAUGAAUAUAGAACAGGAAAUAACCAGACAUAUUGUGACAUUGAUGGAUUGAGACCUCAGACUGUGUACAGGUUCCAAGUUUCGGUUAUAUAUGAUGAUGGAUGGAUCAGUGACAGCAGUGACAAGAGUGAUCCAGUGAGGACCCUUCCUGACACAGAAGAAGCUUCAAUUUCUGGAGGACCUGGAUCUGGCAUUUGGUACUCUGAAGAAGUAAGAAUUAUCCUUUUGGGGAAGACUGGAUCUGGGAAAAGUGCAACAGGAAACACUAUCCUUGGCUGGAAGGCAUUUAAAUCUGAAUUAUCCCCAGUCUCAAUAACUAAGAAAUGUACAAAAGCAAGCAGCAUGAGGGAUAACAGGAUAUUUUCAGUGGUUGACACACCUGGCAUUUUUGAUACACACAGAAACAUUCAAGAAAUUUUACAAGAACUUGCUAAGUGCUUGGUCCUCUCCUCCCCAGGGCCUCAUAUAAUUGUUCUUGUAAUACCUUUGGGUUGCUACACCGAAGAAGAGAAGUUAACCAUUCAACUCAUUCAAAAACUUUUUGGCAACGAUGCACUGAAAUAUGUCAUUUUCUUAUUCACUAAAAAAGAAGGGCUAAAGGGGAAGAGCAUAGAUGAUUUCAUAAAGAAAUAUGAUGAUCAGGACUUUGUGAAAUUGAUGGAAAGAUGUGGGAGACGGUACUGCACUUUCAACAAUAAUGCAACAGGAGAAGAGAAGGAAGUGCAGGUCAGGGAGUUCAUAGCAAUGGUCAAAGAUAUGAGGCAGGUUAAUGGAAGCUCCUACUAUAACAAUGAGAUCUACUCUCAGAUUGAGAAAAUUAUCCAAGAACAGAGAGUCUACUGUGAAAACAACAGAGAAGUAAAAAAGGCCAAUUUCUUAAACUAUCUGGUUUCAGAAAUUAUCAAAUUUUUCAGAUGGCUUUGGGAAGAAAUUUGUGCUUUCAUCCAGAAGCAUGCUUCUGAAUUGAAAAGCAUUUUUAAGGAGGGUUGUUCUUAGGAUAGUAGUUUUUGCUCAUGAUGAAAACAUUAAAUGAUAAAUAUUUUCCACAGGGACCCUUUUCUCUCCUAUGUUAGCAUGAGGAAUUGCUCUACAAAGAAAGAUCACAAUUUUUUAAAGGUCCAUUAGUAAGCAAUCAUUCUGAAUUCCUGUUCACUUCAUCCUACCUCCCUUCUCUCCCCUCCAAAAAACCAAAGUAACACUAAUACAUUGUUGGUAGAGUUGUGAACUGAUCCAACC